AUACAUACAUAGGAAGCACAGACACACGCGCGCAGAAAACAACAACAAACAACCCACAAACUGCCCACCCACCAAGUGCAAAAAAAACAACAAAAAAGUACCAAAAGCUCUCUCUAUGAACAUUUCCUGCACUGGAAUCAGAUAACAUAUAUAAACGAUGUCUUGGUUUAGUCCCUGGGACGGGUUAAAGACAAAGACAUGCCGAUAUUUGCUCCAGCGAUAUUUGGGUCAAUUCUUUGAAAAUAAUCUAAAUUUGGAGCAACUGAAAGUGGAUCUGUAUAAUGGGAAAGCUGUCGUUAAGGAUAUAUCCCUUAAAGUGAAUGCCUUUAAUGAUCUCUUUGAGGAUCAAGGCUGGGCCUUUGAAGUGGUAUCUGGGCAUAUUGGUUGCCUCAGUGUUGUAGUGCCAUGGAAUGCUCUAAUGACAAACGACAGUUCAUUGGAGAUAUCAAAUCUAACGAUAACAUUAAGGCCCGUAACCCGUUUACAAAGUGGUACCACAAUGCUGGAAUCGAUGUGGUCAUCGGUAAGCAGUUCGAUGCAAAUGGCCGAAGAGUGCAUGAAGCAGGUGGAUGAUGAUGUACCAUUUCAUAAUCAUAAUAAUGCCCUACUCGGCCUUGAGAAAUUCGCAGAGACAAUUGAUAAUGUCCUCAAUCGUAUAAGAGCCAAACUAACCAAUACAACACUAAAUAUUGAGUACGUGCUGCCAAAUUCGGCCAGAAAAUUGAUAAUCUCCUUCAAGGCUAAUCAUUUGGAUUAUAAAAAUAAAACUGGAUACGAACAGCCAUCCAGCAGCAGCAGUACCAGUGAUAAUCCUAGAAAUAGGCAUAGAAAUCAUAGCAAUAGCGAUGACGACAAUGGAGAUGGAGGGCAUCGCGACGACAGUCACGACGACGAUGAUGAUGAUGAUGGGAGAAAUGUCGAGCCAGAUGACAAUAAUUUCAAUGCAUUACCCAUGAUUGCCAAGCACAAUCUAGUUAUAAAUGGCCUCAGCAUACACACAUCCGAGACAAUUGACUACGAUUACGAUUGCUGUCCGACCCGAUAUGGGCAAUUGUGUAAAAUUGUUGAAUUCAAUGGUUCGCAGAACAUACAGAUUAGCAUAAAGCAGACAGAGAAUAUUAUUGGACCGAAAAUCAAUCUAGAGAUAAUACUAGAUGAUAUAUUUUUUAUGCUAACGCCGCGACAAAUACAUCUAUUCAUUGAAUUCUCUAAGGGAUUUACCAAAGAGCGUCCCAAAGAUCAGUUAAUGAAGAAAUGUCGCAGCAUAAAGUCGCAACCGCAGACGCAUCUGGCGGCGAAUGAAUAUCCAAAUAGUAAAAUGACCGGAAUAUUGGGACAAAAUGUUGAAUGGUCAUCGGAGGCUCAUCUAGAUGACUAUUCCACAUAUUCAACCUACAACAAAACAUCAGCCAUUAGUACGGCAACAAGUCAAAAUACCUAUGCUACGAGAGGGGGACGUAAAAUGUGCGAAUCGAUUGCCUCCUCGUCCAAUAGUAUGCUAACAUCAUGCACAAAUGCUCAAACUGAAAUCGGCUAUGCAGAGACAUCGGGUGAAAUAUUGAAGUUUAAAAUUCAAAUAUCCCAAAUCUAUGGACUGGCUUUACAUAAUGAUAUUCUAAUAGCAACUACAGCGAAUAUUGAUGACUAUAGGAUCAUAUUUGAUCCAUCUAGUUAUGACCGAUAUGUGGAUAUAGCCGAUAAUUAUUUUUUAAGCACAUCAUCAUCAUCAGCCACUGGACAAAUUGUCACAGAUCCCACAAAACGUUUGCCGCUGGAGAACCAAAAUUAUUUAUUUGUCAAGGCAUCGCCGAUCAUUAUAAAUGGCAAUCAGCAAAGAUAUUGCCAGGAAUUGACAUCGAAAACAACAUUAUCGGCCACAAUGGUCGAUCUGUGUGAGGUACUAGACAAUCAAAUGGAUCAUCUUAUACUUUUCGAUAGACGAAAGAAUUGUCCCGAUGGCUAUCACAUACGUCCCGAAAUCGUACUAACCCAGAGCUCAUCGUUUUUGUACAAACAGAAUUCUAAUCGUUGCACAAAUAAAUUGGAAUGCAUUUUCGAUGAAUGCACCACCGAUCUAGAUAUAUCGAUAUAUGAUCGUCUAAGCGCACUAUUCGGCAGAUCACCAUUUGUACAAGGUUCGAAUACAAACGAAAUUCUUCUAGAUGAGGCUAAUCAAACGGAAUUCUAUAUUAAAUGUGAACUAUUAAAGCUUCAACUAAGGUUCCCCAUAGUCGAUGGUCGAUCGGAGCAAGAUCCACAGAAAAUUCCAUGGUGGAAGAAGAAUGUUCGAAAAGAUUUUCUAGCUCUCGAGCUACGAAGUGUUUUAGUUAAUUUAACAACAAAUAUAAGCAUCAAUGCGGAUGAAAUCGAUGCCUUUUACUGCGAGACAGAUGAUAUGCGAAAUGCUGUGCAUUUGGCCAAGUGUAAGCAGCGUGCAAUGAAUGCGAAUAGAAAAAUACGCAUAGAUAUAUUUCAAUUGGAAUCCAAUAACAAUGAUAUGAUGAUAAAUAAUAAGAGAAAACCAAAACGCAAAUCACCAUUUAGUUCAAAAUGUCCAUUUGGCUAUACAUCGAAUGUUGAGGGUCUGGAUGGUCAUACAGAGAAGACGGAUUCGUUUCUGCCCGGCGAAACGGAGGAGAUCAAUGAUUUCUGUGACAGUUGCACACAAUCGUCCAAGUUAAAAAUAGAAGCGUAUAUACCACAAACAAAAAUUGUCUUGCAAUCGAAAAAGAUCUAUGAAAUAAUCUAUAAUCGUUUGAAUGGUGAUCUAUUCAUGUGGGAGCCGCGAUCACCCUAUUACGAGGAGACCCCUGAAGAGGAACAACAAGGACAUGGUAUGCGGGGGAAUGCAGAAAAUUUAUGUUCAAGUGCCAUAGAUGAUUAUGAGGAGAGAAAUAUACUAUUAAGUACAAGUACAUUGGAGAGUAGCAUCUACUUUUCAAUGGCAGAACCCACAUUGCCACAAUCAUCAUCAUCAUGUUCAUCAUCAGGUAGAGCAGGAGUAGGAGCAGGUGCGACAGAUCCUACUUCAAAAAAGAUCAAACCCCGAGACGAUGCCUUCUCAUUUGAGGCCAUCAUUGAGGAAGGCUGCCUAAUUUUAUUUGCCCCAGUACGUGACUCGGAUAAUGUUGUGGGUAAAUUUCAAAUCAAUUUGAAAGAACUUAAACUAUUCACAGUCACUGGUUUGAAUAAUGACAAAAAUUUGGGAUAUUUUUGCAUACAAUUGAAGCAAAUGGAGGCACUGCAUUGCGGUAACACUUCCAUACAGGAUGUUCAUUUGGCGUGGAGUGAUCAAAUUGAUCCCAAUCUAAUGCCAACAAUUUAUAAUUACCCACAAGUUCAUCAUAGUUCGUCGAAUAAGCGUCAAGAGGUUCUAUCAAUUGUGGCAGAGAUUAAAAAGCAACCCGAGAAACGUAUCAAACGAAUGAAAAUGUCGUUUGGAAUAAAUGGUGCCAUCUUGAGGCAUAAUCCCGCCUAUUCGGAACACAUCUGGCUUAAUCAAUUGAUCGAUUUUAUGGAUGUCACUGAUUAUCCGAUUGAGGCCUAUGAACCAUAUGCCUUGGUGUCGGAAAUUCAACUUCAUGUCUGGAAUGCUGCCAUCGAUUAUCGUCCAAAAUUCUUUACUUAUCGAGCUUUCAUUGAUAUUGGCUAUUGUACGCUUAGCACAAAUAUCAUAUCAUCGAUGACUGGUUGCACUUUGAGGAUCAUUGCAGAGGAUUGUGUACUUAAUAUGGGAUUAAUUGGAGCUGCUGGAUCUGGGGAGGAUUGCUGUGAUAUUUUGAUACCAGUUUUAAAUUUGGGAUUACUUAAUAUUUCGUUUCGCUUGAACGAUGACAACAAUAGGAUACAUCCUGCUGUCGAUUUGCGAUCCUCCAUACAUGAUAUGCAUUUACGAACGUGUUUUGACUCAGCCGCUGCUUUGGCUCAACUUAUUGCAUAUGUGGCCAAUGAUAAAGAUCUCAUCGCUACCGAUGAGAAUACAACCCUUGAUGAUUCGGACGAGCACUCGUCCAAUGAUCCCAAAUUGAAUGAGAAGGACAAUUGUGACCAAACGCAGAUACAUGUCAAUAAACUGAUGGCCGAAGCUGUUAAAGAUGUGGAAACUAUACCGGGAAAACAUACCCAAAAGCAAUCCAAGCGUGGAGAGGAGGGAAUUGAAAUAUUUUACUUCCCCGAUGAGCCAAAUGAGAAGCCAGUGGAAUAUCAUAAGAGGUCAUCAUCAUCCACAGCAUCAUCGGUGACAUCCCAGUCCCCAUUAUCGCCCUCAAAGUACAAAACGUCGGACAAUCGAGAGGCAGAAAUUUGCAAUAUAUUGGAUUUUGAGUCAAAUGUUAUGCUACAAUCCUAUUACAAUCAAACAAAAUCGCAAAUAUCCUUGCCCCAAGUCCAGGAGGAUUUGGGAGCCUUAACAUCGGCCAAUUCAUCGUUGGAGGAGAAAGAUUUUGAUAUCAUACACGAUGAUGAGAUUUUACCCAUGGAUAAAUUUGGUGUCAAGCAAAUCUAUGUCUCCGAGGAUCCUCUACAAAUUGUCGAUAAUCAUUUCUGUUUGCCCCAUGAGAAAGUGGACUUACUACGUCCACCAGCUAAUUUUCCCAUUCCUGAGCAUAGUUAUACGCUAUGCGAAAUGACUUUCACAUGGCAUAUGUUUGGUGGCAAAGAUUUUCCCGAUAGAACCGCAAAUGAACAAUCCAAAAUGAAAAAGAAUCCAGGUGGUGGUGCUGCUACUUCUCCUGCUUCUGGUAUGUCGGAAACCUAUAAAUAUGGUGUUUCCCAGCCACAAAAUGAGUUCGAUAAAAAGUCAAAGAAAUCGACAUUAAAAGAACCAAAAGGAUCAAAGCGAAACAUGGAUGUGUUGGUCGAAAUACAGCUUUCAAAAAUUCGCUUCUCCUACGAGAUAUAUCCAACAAAUUCCAUUUACUCAUCGCGACAGGUUUUGCUUAUUUCGGAAAUCGAGAUACGCGAUCGUUUACGUUCAUCGGAAAUUAAUAAAUUUCUCUAUCAUCCGAAUAUCAAUAACAUAUCACAUAAACCCGAUGAGAAUAUGGUUAUUGUCAAGGCAUUGAGUAUACGACCGAAUCCGCAGAAAAAUGCAGCUGAAGAAUGCUCUUUGAGAGUAUCAAUAUUACCCAUUAAGCUGAAUAUCGAUCAGGAUACAUUGCUCUUCCUGGAAGAUUUCUUUUCGGCUGUCUUUAAGAACUCAACUGCAACCAGUUCGUCAGGUGGUAGCCCCAAAAUGGAUAGCAAUUCAUCAGCGGAACGUGAUAUGCCUGUAAUGUCGGUUAAUAAAUUACCCGAAGAGUUGGAGGAUUCAGAAGUUAAGGAGUUGGUGGAGAGAAAUUUAGAUGUUCUCAUCGAUGAGAGUAAAGAGGAUAAGGAUGCCAUGGAAUAUGGCGAGGAUGCCGCAUCGAAUGAUGUCAGUCCCGUUUACUUCCGUGAGGUAAUUUUCAGUCCGGCUCUGCCUAUUUGCUUUGACUAUCACGGCCGGAGAAUUGAAUUGUCUCGUGGUCCCAUCACAGGCCUUAUAAUGGGUCUUGCCCAAUUGCAAGGAUCGGGCAUUUGUCUGCGUGAGAUUGUCAAUCGUCGUGGUAUUCUGGGCUGGAAUAAACUCUUCGAAUAUCUAUGCAGGGAAUGGCUCAAGGAUAUUAAACGCAAUCAAUUGCCAAACAUCUUAAGCGGCAUUGGUCCAACGAAUGCUGUUCUUCAACUAUUCCAGGGUGUUUACGAUCUCUUCCGGUUGCCCAUUGAGCAGUAUAACAAGGAUGGUCGCAUAAUACGGGGAUUCCAGUUGGGUGCCCAAAGCUUUACGGCACGUACCGCCUUAGCGGCUCUCGAGAUAACAUCGAGAAUAAUUCAUCUAUUGCAAUUUACGGCAGAGACCACAUUCGAUAUGCUAUCGGCUGGACCGUCAUUGAAGAAACGCAACACCAAGCAUGGUAAGAAGCGUCAGGGACGACCCAAGGAUUUGCGCGAGGGUGUUGCGAAUGCCUAUGCCAUUGUCAAGGAGGGCAUCAACGAUUCGGCCAACACACUAAUUGAGGCUGCCAUCACUGAACACGAUCAAAAGGGCUAUAGCGGAGCUGUUGGGGCUGUUGUGCGGCAAAUACCACAGCUGGUUGUAUGCCCAGCCGUUUUGGCCACACAAGCAACGACUAAUAUAUUGGGAGGAGCCAAAAGUUCUCUUGUACCGGAGGCGAAACUAGAGGCGCGGGACAAAUGGAAACAUGAGUUACACUAAAUGUUAUUUUUAGCUUAAUGUUUUUAAUUUUAAAUUUUUUCAUUUUUCG